UCCAAUGGGGAAGUGUUGCUGCGCAGUCACACAAAAAAACAAACGAAGAAGAGAAGAGGGCAACUCGUCACCGCACAAGAAGAAGCAGAAGAAGAAGAUCCCAGCUCUGGAGGAGACAUGGCUUCCCCUGCCGGCUGUGAGCAUUAUGUGCGCAGCUGCUUAUUAAAAGCACCUUGCUGUGAUAAACUGUAUGUGUGUCGGCUGUGCCACGAUGCAGAGGAGAACCACCAGAUGGAUCGAUUCAAAGUCAGAGAGGUUCAGUGUUCCGAGUGUCAGACGGUGCAGCAGGCACAGCAGACUUGCCAGCAGUGUCAUGCGCAGUUUGGGGAGUAUUACUGUGACAUUUGCCACUUGUUCGACAAGGAUAAGAAGCAGUACCACUGUCUGCCCUGUGGAAUAUGCAGGAUUGGGCCCAGGGAGAAGUAUUUCCAUUGUGAGAAGUGCAAUCUGUGUUUAGCCCAGGAUCUGCGGGGAAACCACAAGUGUGUUGAAAAUGUUUCAAGGCAGAACUGCCCAGUGUGUAUGGAGGAUAUUCACACGUCCAGAAUCGGAGCUCACGUUCUUCCAUGCGGCCAUCUUUUACACAAGACCUGCUUUGAUGACAUGGUCAGAACGGGAGCGUAUCGCUGCCCGCUGUGUAUGCACUCUGCCUGGAACAUGGAGGAGCACUGGGAUCGGAUAGACAAAGAGAUUUCCCUGUCACCGAUGCCCACCGAGUACCAGGGUGCUACUGUCAAAAUUAUAUGUAACGACUGCCAAGCCCACUGCACUGUGCCUUUCCAUGUGCUGGGGAUGAAGUGCAGCGCCUGUGGUUCCUACAACACAGCUCAGGACGGAGGACUCAUCCAGCAGCCUCAACAGCAGCAGCAGCAGCCAGAGCAGGACGCAGAGACAGACACAGAGCCAGAGCAGCAGGAUCAACCUCAGUCACCCACGCCACAUUAGAAAUGACCUUUGUAUUUUAGACAUUUGGCUGGUGCACUUAACUCGUACUAACUUACAUUGAGUAGACUGAGCCAAUAUUCCUAGAUUGUACAAAAAAAACCCAUCUAUUUUCUGUACCUAUCCUCUUCAGUGUUGGAACCCAUCCCAGCAUGCACUGUGUGAGAUGAAGGGUAUCAGGCUAUCAAGGGACUAAAGCAACAUGCAAUUUAGAGUCCUAGUCCACCUGACUACUCAGAAAGGUGUUGCUGGGUGGUGGGGGGGUGACAGUAUAACCACUGAGCCACUGUGUGGCGUCGUGAUAAAACAAUGAGCUGGUUACCUGCUACUGGUGGUGAAGGUUGUACAGUAUCGGAUCGAUUGUGAUUGUUUUCUGUUAAGUUCGGGGACUGUGCCGCACUACAGCCUAUUUAAAUACUCUCAGUAAGAAGUGUUAACCAAGGCGCGUUACACUUGACACUCCACCAGUUUUGUAAGUUUGUCAGACACAAACAGAAAUUAAAACUAACCUCAGGCAGAAGUCAUCGUGAUUAACAAAGUAGUUAGUCUGCACGUUAACUUAACUGACAGCAUGGUACAAGGCAACGUGCAAAUGAGGUGAAUAGGAUUAAAAUACAAUUCAGGAUUUUGUAAAAGUGGAAAUCCACACACAGGGAAUUUAAAAUGGAUUAUACAAAUAUCUCAAAAAGAUUCACAAGGCAUUUGUGCAGAAAAUUCCCAAAAGGUUCAUGGGCUAAAUACCCUUGCAUUUGCUGCUUUUUCUUGCAUAGAUGCCCUGUCAGUCAAAGAUUAAAGGACCAAUAUGUAAUAUAUUUACUGUAAUAAAUCAUAAAAUGAUCACGAUGUGUCAUCAGAGAUUAAGGAAACAUGCUGAAUUGAAAUACUGGCUUCUCCGAAAACAAUGCCACAGCCAGGAUGUUCUCCUUUGAAAUUUCCAUUCUGGUCCGGAACGUCUGUUUUUUGCUUUGGAUCUGUGUGAUCUCGUCCACUGCCCAUUUCAACACCCCGUUACCACAUAUGAAACAAAUUGGCACACAAACACAGCCUUCAGCAGCCAUGGAAACAAGUAAACCAACUGGAUCAACAGAGAUAACGUUAACGUUAGAUUCUACCCGACCGGCCGAAAGCCUCGGCACAUCUCUCUGUGGUCCGUGUGCAGCUGGUCAUCGUGGCAGCGAGUAUUUGAGACACACAGCCGGUAAAGUGAUUACGUCUACUGCUGCUGGCCAGAGGCUAACAUGCUCGUGUCCAAAAGGUCUUAAAUUGCGAAAACGCGCACUGUUAUCAGUCACACGGGAGGAGCAGACGGGCCAUAGCUCCAAUGUUUUGAAUUUGGACUGUUGUUACCCAUUUUAAACUGUCAGUACUACCUAUUGGUCCUUUAAACAGAUAGCAUCUUUCUAGAUUUGACUUGAGUCUGUAUUUUAAUUGCUGAGUGUUGAUCCCACUCUUGAUAAUGUUUUAUUAAUAAUAAAUGCUACAAUUGAAAUUUGUCUAUCUAAUUCUUGUUAAAGUCCCUAGCUGUAAUCCAAAUAUAAACAAAAGCAUAUUCAAAACACAGGUUUGGAAGCUGCUGUCACUCCCAAAAUGACUAAUGUUGUUUAUGGUUAUGGAUUGUAAAAACUGAAGUAUAACAGUUAUGAUAAGCUGAGAAACAUUUAGAAAAAAUAAUUUCUCAUUGAUAAGUCAAACAAUUGCAUUAUGUAUAAAUGUGUAAAUGUACCAGUAAUUUAGAUAGUCCAAAAACGUGCUGAUUGGGCCCUUUAGCCUGCUCGUUUUCUAAAGUCAGCCAAGGAGAUGACAGUAUGGUCUGUGGCAUUGGAAAUAUAUUCCAAGUCUUACCUAUUUGUUAUAAUAUAAUAUGCAUAAUUACAACUGCAACACAUGCUGCAGUACCUAUUGACUGUUUCCUUCUCAUACAGUACUGUAAUUCCUGGUAUGGCUGCUGUGACAUAAGGCCCUUGAUUCUGGUAACAUUUGCUUUUUUGUGUUUUUGUUACUUGCAGGUGUAAAGUUUGGUUACCUUUACAAUGACAGUAAAACCAAGUCCCAAUAAACAUCAUCAUUUUACUAAAA